GCGCGGCCGCGGGCCAGGCGGCGAGGUGCGCGCGGAGCGAGGUGGCCGCAGCGUCUCCGCGCGCGGCCCGAGCCCGGCAGGAACGCCGCCGCCUCGGCCAUGCGGCUCCCGGCCCCGGGCCCUGGGCUGGGGCCCCCGCCGCCCCCCGAGCGCCGCCCCCGCUGAGCCCGCGCCCGGCCGAGGCGCCGCCCGGCACCAUGGUGCAGAAGUCGCGCAACGGCGGCGUGUACCCCGGCCCGAGCGGGGAGAAGAAGCUGAAGGUGGGCUUCGUGGGGCUGGACCCCGGCGCGCCCGACUCCACUCGGGACGGCGCGCUGCUGAUCGCCGGCUCCGAGGCCCCCAAGCGCGGCAGCAUCCUGAGCAAGCCCCGCGCGGGCGGCGCGGGCGCCGGGAAGCCCCCGAAGCGCAACGCCUUCUACCGCAAGCUGCAGAAUUUCCUCUACAACGUGCUGGAGCGGCCGCGCGGCUGGGCGUUCAUCUACCACGCCUACGUGUUCCUCCUGGUCUUCUCCUGCCUCGUGCUGUCUGUGUUUUCCACCAUCAAGGAGUAUGAGAAGAGCUCGGAGGGGGCCCUCUACAUCCUGGAAAUCGUGACCAUCGUGGUGUUCGGCGUGGAGUACUUUGUGCGGAUCUGGGCCGCAGGCUGCUGCUGCCGUUACCGCGGCUGGAGGGGGAGGCUCAAGUUUGCCCGGAAGCCGUUCUGUGUGAUUGACAUCAUGGUGCUCAUCGCCUCCAUCGCGGUGCUGGCCGCCGGCUCCCAGGGGAACGUCUUCGCCACGUCCGCGCUCCGGAGCCUGCGCUUCCUGCAGAUUCUGCGGAUGAUCCGCAUGGACCGGCGUGGCGGCACCUGGAAGCUGCUGGGCUCGGUGGUCUACGCCCACAGCAAGGAGCUGGUCACUGCCUGGUACAUCGGCUUCCUCUGCCUCAUCCUGGCCUCGUUCCUGGUGUACUUGGCGGAGAAGGGGGAGAACGACCACUUUGAUACCUACGCGGACGCGCUCUGGUGGGGCCUGAUCACGCUAACCACCAUUGGCUACGGGGACAAGUACCCCCAGACGUGGAACGGCAGGCUCCUGGCGGCGACCUUCACCCUCAUCGGGGUCUCGUUCUUCGCGCUCCCUGCGGGCAUCUUGGGGUCUGGCUUUGCCCUGAAGGUUCAGGAGCAGCAUCGGCAGAAGCACUUUGAGAAGAGGCGGAACCCUGCAGCAGGCCUGAUCCAGUCGGCCUGGAGGUUCUACGCCACCAACCUGUCGCGCACCGACCUGCACUCCACGUGGCAGUACUACGAGCGCACGGUCACCGUGCCCAUGUACAGCUCCCAAACUCAGACCUACGGGGCCUCCAGACUCAUCCCCCCGCUGAACCAGCUGGAGCUGCUGAGGAACCUCAAGAGUAAAUCUGGACUCACUUUCAGGAAGGAGCCCCCGCCGGAGCCGUCGCCAAGUAAAGGCAGCCCGUGCAGAGGGUCCCUGUGUGGAUGCUGCCCCGGACGCUCUAGCCAGAAGGUCAGUUUGAAAGAUCGUGUCUUCUCCAGCCCUCGAGGUGUGGCUGCCAAGGGGAAGGGGUCCCCGCAGGCCCAGACGGUGCGACGGUCCCCCAGCGCCGACCAGAGCCUCGAAGACAGCCCUAGCAAGGUGCCCAAGAGCUGGAGCUUCGGCGACCGCAGCCGGGCACGCCAGGCUUUCCGCAUCAAGGGCGCCGCAUCUCGGCAGAACUCAGAAGAAGCAAGCCUCCCUGGAGAGGACGUCGUGGAUGACAAGGCCUGCCCCUGUGAGUUUGUGACUGAAGACCUGACCCCGGGCCUCAAAGUCAGCAUCAGAGCCGUGUGUGUCAUGAGGUUCCUGGUGUCCAAGCGGAAGUUCAAGGAGAGCCUGCGACCGUACGACGUGAUGGACGUCAUCGAGCAGUACUCCGCCGGCCACCUGGACAUGCUGUCCCGCAUUAAGAGCCUGCAGUCCAGGAUAGAUAUGAUUGUGGGUCCCCCACCCCCUUCAACUCCCCGGCACAAGAAGUACCCCACCAAAGGACCCACGGCCCCUCCGAGAGAGUCACCCCAGUACUCACCUAGAGUGGACCAGAUCGUGGGGCGGGGCCCGGCGAUCACGGACAAGGACCGCACCAAGGGCCCGGCGGAGGCAGAACUGCCCGAGGAUCCCAGCAUGAUGGGACGGCUUGGGAAGGUGGAGAAGCAGGUCUUGUCCAUGGAAAAGAAGCUGGACUUCCUGGUUAACAUCUACAUGCAACGCAUGGGCAUCCCCCCCACGGAGACUGAGGCCUAUUUCGGGGCCAAGGAGCCGGAGCCGGCGCCGCCGUACCACAGCCCGGAAGACAGCAGGGAGCACGUGGACAGGCAGGGCUGCAUCGUCAAGAUCGUGCGCUCCAGCAGCUCCACCGGCCAGAAGAACUUCUCAGCGCCCCCGGCCGCGCCCUCCGCGCAGUGCCCGCCCUCCACCUCCUGGCAGCCGCAGAGCCACCCGCGCCCAGGCCACGGCACCUCCCCCGUGGGGGACCACGGCUCCCUGGUGCGCAUCCCGCCGCCGCCCACCCACGAGCGGUCCCUGUCUGCCUACGGCGGGGGCAACCGCGCCAGCACGGAGUUCCUGCGUCAGGAGGACGCCCCGGGCUGCCGGCCCCCCGAGGGGGCCCUGCGGGACAGCGACACGUCCAUCUCCAUCCCGUCCGUGGACCACGAGGAGCUGGAGCGCUCCUUCAGCGGCUUCAGCAUCUCCCAGUCCAAGGAGAACCUGGACGCUCUCAACAGCUGCUACGCGGCGGUGGCGCCCUGCGCCAAAGUCAGGCCCUACAUCGCGGAGGGCGAGUCGGACACCGAUUCGGACCUCUGCACCCCGUGCGGGCCCCCGCCACGCUCCGCCACCGGCGAGGGCCCGUUUGGUGACGUGGGCUGGGCCGGGCCCAGGAAGUGAGGCCCCCCCAGCGCCCUGCCUCCACGGUUUCGAGGCGGGAACCCUCUGGGGCCCUUUGCUUAGAAUAACAGUGUGGCUGGGAAGUAGGCCCUGGAGGGGCCCGUGUGGCUGAAGGACGGGGCUCCUGGCAGUGACCUUUUACAAAAGUUAUUUUCCAACAGGGGCUGGAGGGCCGGGCAGGGCCCCGUGGCUCCGGAGCAGCAAGGCCGCCCUGUGCGCUCGGCUCGGGGCUGCAGUGGACUUCGUUGCCGGCGUGAGGAGGGCAGGCGUGGUGACAGGCCGGGGGACGCCAGGGCGUGCGGUGGGCUCUGGGAGCAGAGCCUGGGGGGGCGGGUCGUGAGGGCAGGCCUGUGGGCCGUGGGGCCUGGCGGGGUUUUGGUCGGCUGCAGGCGGGCGUGGCCAGCCCUCACACCUGGUCCCCCAAGUGGUCUUUCCUGUCCCCCACCUUGGGGGUCCCAACGACAGAGCUGCUGGUCGGUGUGUUCUCCCUGCACCUUCCGGGAUCUGAGGGUCUUUUGAUGGGAGCCAGCCCCGAGCUGGAGGCCGUGGCCGCAGCUGAGGAACGGGUGGGGCCGGGGAACAAAUGAGCCCAGAGUGGACAUUUCACCCUUUGGGCUUGGCCUCUCUCGGAGGGCCCAGCUCUGCAGGGUCUUCAGAUAGAGGGCCCUGGGGGCUCCUGUCGCCUCACCCUGGGCUCUCCCGGGACGUGUGAGAGCCAGCAGUACCCCAGCCUUGGAGACCUGAGGGCCAGGACCCCAAAUCCUCUCCUCUCUCCUGACUGCCCUGGCCGGGUGCUACCUGGUGAGCAGGCCUCACGGCCCUUCGCCAGGGCUCCACUUCACCUGUGCCCACCAGUGCCCCGACAGACCUGGGCAGGGCAGGGCCAUGAUGCAACAGGCUGGGAAAGCCUCCACACCCACUGGACACCCACAUGGCCAGCACAGGCCGCCCUCCCUGCCUUCCCGGAGGAAUUCACCUCUGCCUCUGCCAGCUGAGGGCCCUCCCUGGCUUGCCUGCCCCUUCUCCUCCACUGACCAGUCCCUUAGCUGGGGCCUCUUGGCAUCUUGGGCCUCAGGGAUGCACUAUCGCAUGUCCCUCCAGUUGUGGGCACUGUGGCCCUGCGGGCAGCCAGCUUCGAUGGGGGAGUGAGUCCGGCCACUGAGAGGCAGAGCGGGCCCUUAGCGCCAGGCUUCAGCACCCGAGCCCAGGAGCAUCUGGCAUUUGGGGUGAUGGCGUCACAGGAGGGCCUGGGCUCCCUAGGAGUGAGCAGGGCUGGAAUAGCAGAAAUACCACACCCAGCAGUUGAGGAGGAGCCCUGGCGUGUUCCUCCUCCGCCUUUGUUUUAAGUUCAGUUCGCUGGGCUGGGAGCUUCUGGGGCCCUGAGGUCAGCCAGGGACCCCGACCUGAGCGGGAGGACUUAGAAGAAAAGCAUCUGAAGGUUGUACGCCCCUGGCUCAGAGUCUUUGGGGAGCCCCUGGCGUCCAUUGUCGGGGGGCUGCUGCCCUGGCCUCUGUGCCUACCCCAGCCCAGCCAGGACACUCCCAGGCCCCACCAUCCGGGUGCAUCUGCUCGUCCCAAAGAGGUGCCGGCUGGGAAGACUCAGAAGCCACUGUCCAGGUUCCCGUGGGCUAUCUGCUGUGUUCCCAAGGGCAGCGUGUGUGGCCUCGGGCCCUGUGUCCCGUCUGGUGAGACCGUGGCUGUGUGUUUCCCCGGGUGGUGCCCUUGCCCUCCCCCACUAGCUCAUGAGAGCCCUGGGUCCAUGUCCCAUCGUGGGACAGGGAAUCUGCACCUGCUCUUUCCUCCACAAAGCCUCUGAGGCAU